UUUUAUUUAUAGAAGGGACAUGUUACAUGUUACAUCUCGGCAUAAAUAAGAGCCUUGUUGGUCCAAUACCUAGGAACCUAUUCCUUAUAAACACAUUGUCCGUCCAUAUGAGAAUCCAAAACAAUCAAUUAACCGGGGAUUUGCCUACAGAAUUAGGUAACCUAAAGAAUAUUGGGGAACUUGAUUUCUCCGGUAAUCUGAUAUCUGGAGAGAUUCCGAUCUCCCUUGGAGAGUGCCAGACACUGCAGUUUCUGAAUGUAUCUCGGAACAACCUUCAAGGGACAAUUCCGUCAUCAAUCAUACAGAUGAAAGCCCUAUUGAUGCUUGAUCUUUCCCAUAAUAAUCUCUCAGGGAGCAUUCCUGGGUUCCUCGGGAGCAUGGAAGGGCUUGCUAGUUUGAAUCUCUCAUUCAACAACUUGGAGGGUGAGGUUCCAACAAAUGGGAUCUUCAAAAAUGCAGCUUCCGCCUCAGCCUCAAUUAAGGGAAAUAAUGGCCUGUGUGAUGGAAUCCCUCAACUGAAGUUGCCACAUUGCUCUAAUCUCACCACCACGAAAUCAACUCAGAAACUGGUUAUAAUAUUCUCCAUAUGUGGUACAGUUGUAUUUAUUGCAUCAGUAUUCGCACUGUCGACAUUCUACAGUAAGAGCAGGAAGAUGAAAUCAAACAAGCAGACAUCAUCCAUCAACGAGCAAUAUUUGAAGGUUUCCUAUGCUGAACUGGUCAGUGCAACUACUGGUUUUGCUUCAGAGAACCUCCUUGGUGCAGGAAGCUUCGGCUCGGUGUACAAGGGAACAAUGAGGAUAGAUGACCAGCAAUUAGUGAUUGCUGUGAAGGUGCUCAACCUCACGCAGCGAGGUGCAUCUCGAAGUUUCGUUGCAGAAUGUGAGACUCUGAAAUCCGUUCGACAUAGGAAUCUUAUGAAGAUAUUAACAGUGUGCUCAAGCAUUGAUUUUCAAAGCCGUGACUUCAAGGCCCUUGUGUACGAAUACCUACCAAAUGGAAAUUUAGACAGAUGGCUACACCACAACCCCAUGGAAGAUGCUGAAAAGAGGACAUUACAUCUCCGUGUGAGGCUGCAGAUUGCAAUUGAUGUAGCAUCAUCACUUGAAUACCUUCACCAACAUAAGCCAAUGCCAGUUAUUCACUGUGAUCUUAAGCCAAGCAAUGUUCUCCUUGAUUGUGAAAUGGUUGCACAUGUUGGCGAUUUUGGGCUUGCAAGGUUUGUACAUCAAGACUCGGAGAAAUCAACUAGUUGGGCAUCAAUGAGAGGCACAAUAGGCUAUGCCGCUCCAGAGUAUGGUCUGGGCAACGAAGUUUCAAUCCAUGGUGAUGUCUACAGCUACGGCAUACUGUUGCUGGAGAUGUUCACUGGAAGAAGGCCAACAGACAGCGAAUUUGGAGAAUCCUUGGGCAUUCACAAGUAUGUGCAAAUGGCAUUGCCAGACAGGGCAACAGAGGUCAUAGACCGGCACUUACUAGCAGAGACAGAAGAUGAGGAAGAAAGCAUCUCAAACUCUGAGAGCAUGGUGGAUCUGAGAAUUGCUUGCAUCACUUCAGUCCUGUGCACUGGGAUUUCAUGCUCACAAGAGACACCAACAGAUCGCAUCCAAAUCGGGGGUGCUCUGAAAGAGUUGCUAGCAAUAAGAGACAGAUUUGACAAGGAGUUGUGUGUGGAAGGUGAGCCAGUAAACUAAAGCAUAGGCCAUUCAAGCAACCAGGACUGGUCAAUAAGGACGGCAAGCUGCCAUUUCAAUAGGCUCCAGCUAGUUCCAAAUAAAAAGAGUAGUUGUGUUUUGUGGAAUAUUUGCUGUAUUGACGUAAUGGUAUAUCUGUACUGUUGAAUUGUACGUAUAUAUGGUGUUGUAUAAACCACAUGUUCUAGAAUACAUCCAUGGUGUAGCGCAUGCGUCUGUUUGUUGUAAUAAUCAGCCGGUUAUUAAGAUUGGCGUGAGGAUCAUACCGGCUGAUCUUUCUGUAAUCUGUCAAUCACCAUGGACCUAUAUAACACGUACGCGUCCCUGCCUAACAGCAUGCGCUUCCAGCCCCACUUUUUUACUUUAAUAAACUGCCUUAUGUAUUCUCCACGACUGCAAUUUUUUACUGAGUAUAUGACCAGAAAAAAAAACUCAUCUUAGCUAGGAGUACAAGAUUGCACGCUUUCACAUCAUUCCCUUCACGCAAUGCUUAGCUUAUUCGCUUAUAUCCUCGAUUAUCACCAGGAUCUCAUCCAUGACUGGGUUCUUCUUCCCUUGGAGCUUGCAACGUGUGCAAAUCACACGUGUAAACUAGCACUAAUCGCUGAGAUGGAUUGGUAAGAAUGGAAGGAAGGAG